CAUAAACAGCCGUUGUAUAUAACCAGAAGUCGGUUAUUGAGGCACCACAUUUCACUCGGUCCUAUUUGCAGAAGACAGCAAAAGUAACUUGGCAGCAUGACUGUGACGAAACUUUUCGCCAUCCUCCUCGUGGUAAUACUUCCCAUUGUACAAACUAGCGUGGUGAUGCAGUGCUACACGUGCGCAGGGUACAUCCCCAAGUUACCUGUCAACGACACGACCAACAAUCCCUACUGCGUGUCCGAGUCCUUCAAGGCGUCGGAGGUGCCAAAGCUACAUUCUAAAUCUGGUUAUUGUGUAGCUGAGACUGUAAGGGCGGAAGGUAUUGGGGAACUGACGGUGCGAUAUGGAGAUCAAGGAGUUGGGUUACGGGACGACUACGUGUACACUUCAAGUUACGUGUGCAAAGGUAACCUCUGCAACGACAAACCCACGAGCUCAGCUGGUACGCCACUCCUCCUGCUGCCUCUCUUGAUGAUCCCCGUCGUCCUGUCGCGUCUCCUGGCUUGAUAAGGAAGGAAGGAAGGAUUCCAGCUGGCUUGUGAAGGAAGGAUACCAGCUGGCUUAAAAAAGGAUGAAAGGACUCCAGCUGGCUUGAGAAGGAAGGAAGGAUUCCAGCUGGCUUGAGAAGGAAGUAUACCAGCUAGCUUGAAAAGGAUGGAAGGCUUGGGAAAGGAGAGGCGACGCUAUAUCUCCUGAACCAUAUCCCUUUCUCUGCCUUUUCUCUUCUUUCCCCUCUCCGCUCUGUCUACCCUCUUCCUCUGUCUCCCCAUUUGGUCUCUCUCAUCGCCAUUCUCUUCUCUUCCCUCAACAUUCCAUCCCUUCAUAUCCUUUUCUUCAUAUAAGUAAAUUUGAUGAUUCGAGAUUUCAUUGUUGCGUGCAUUUUCAAAAUCCAAAGUUUGACGAUAUGUGACUUGUAAAGUACACUACUUACAUCAGCUUAAAAAAGAAAAGAAAAAAAAACGUUUCAUGAUAUGUUAUUUAUAAAAUACAUACAUCAGCUAAUUCAGACUGUAGCAUUUUGCAAGACUGUCCAUUGUAUUUUUCGGUAAAGCUGUAUGAUCUCGCUUUCUUCUUCUUCUCCUUUCUUUCUUUUCGUUAUGUCGUUAAAAAUAUGUUUUACGAAAUUGAAAUGUGCAGUGAUAGAAAUGGUGCUUUUGAAUAUUGAUAUUGUAUAUCUUGCUUCUAUGAAAUAUACAUUCACUUUGCAAA